AUGGGAGUAUUAGUAGUGGAUACGGAUCACGAGGAUUCCGAUGAAUCACACAACUACAGUAGUCAUCAAGAGGAACAAGGUUUCAAUGCGGCCUAUGAGUCGAAAGAGGUCCUCGGCCGCGGUCUGGCCUCAACAGUUCGCCGAUGCAUCGAAAAAGGAAGUGGCCAACAUUUCGCUGUGAAAAUUGUCGACGUCUCCACCGAGAAACAAAGCGAGCACGAAGCGAAACGUCUUCUAGAAGAGACAAUUUCAGAAGUAGAGAUUUUAAGACAACUCAUUGGACAUCCAUCUAUUAUUAAAAUCCACGACUUCUAUCAAACGCCAUCGUUUCUGUUCGCGGUUUUCGAAAUGGCACCGAAAGGAGAGCUAUUCGAUCAGUUGAAUGCGACGGUGACAGUGUCAGAGAAGAAGGCACGACGACUGAUGAAGCAGUUGUUUGAUGGAGUUGAAUAUAUGCAUGCUAGACAUAUUGUACAUAGGGAUUUAAAGCUAGAGAACAUUCUAUGCAUCGACGACGAGCGAAUCGUGAUCUCAGACUUUGGAUUUGCCACCCGCAUCCCACCAGGUCAAAAACUUCGUGAUCUAUGCGGAACUCCAGGAUAUCUGGCCCCGGAAACGAUUCGGUGCCAAAUGUACGACAACGCCGAGGGAUAUUCGCUGGAGGUGGACGAAUGGGCGUUGGGAGUGAUCAUGUACACUCUGUUGGCCGGUUAUGCACCAUUCUAUCAUAGGAAACAACUAAUGAUGCUUCGAAUCAUCCAACAAGGCAAAUAUGAGUUUCGCAACGAGCAAUGGAACAAUAUCACCCCGGAUGCGAAGAAUCUGAUCUCUCAACUCCUUCAAGUAGAUGUCACGAAGAGAAUCACCUCUAAAGAAUGUCUCACCCAUGAGUGGAUGGUCCCGAUUGCCCAGCAGCCAGCACCAGUACCAACGGUUCAAGUGGAAUUGGUCAAAGAUCAGAGAUCCGAGAAAGCUCGGAAGAGGUUCAAAACUUCGAUCAUCUGGGUGCGAUUCUUCCAGCGGCUGGCCAAGUAUAAGUACCUGAAGACGGUUAUUGAUCGAGAUGUACUCAGAAAGAGACCAUUCAGAGAUAGAGAUAUCCGCCACGAAGCCGAAUCAUCAAUGUUCAGUGUUUACGGUCACUGGGUGAAUCGUGGCUUCUACUACUCCCGAGACAUGCUUUUCGCCAAUAAGCCACGUCCCAAAUUCGCCAAAAAGACGCAAGAGUCGGAGCAACUCAAGGUUCCAGGAGCACCAUCUAAAUAA